AUGAUCAGCAUCAAAAUACAACCUGCACCCUGCAACUCGCAAUUCGAGUCCAACGAUGUCGUGGAAUGUGAGAUCUACGUAAAACAAGAGAAAGAACAGAACGAGGAGGAGGAGGAGAAGAAUGUGGUUGUUGUACACCACAUCGAUGCCGACUUGAUUUUAAUCAAUCGGGUGCACAUCUCAGCAAACCUCGCUCAGCUCGGUGGCCUAAAAACCGAUCAGCCCAGGUGGAGAGAUCGAACGUGA